UCAGAUUAGGUUUCAAUGCGAGAAAUAUCUCAAGAUACAAUAUGAAAUAAAUAGUUAUGAUCUCCCGCAAAGCAGCAUAGUUUCCCUGAACUGACCGAAGAUGAAGGUGCUGUUGUUCAUAACAGGUCUGGGCUUAGCGCUAUGCGCGGUGACUAAAAAUCAAAAGACCAGGAACUUCUUCAUAGAGGAAGAUGCUAAUGGCGGAUGGACUCUAAGUAUGACCAGCAAUGGUGAGACAAGUAGCCUCGGGAGUAUCGGGCGAGGAGUGCCUAAAGACCGAGUCACCUUUGAGAUGACCGAAGGUCCCGAUGAAGCCAGUGGUGGGUACAAGCUCUCUAUCAGAUGGGAUGGACCCACCGAUGUUGUCUUCGAAGACUGUUUCGAUUUCAAGGACAAACAGUGGUACGGAGGCCCAGAACAAAUGCAGCAAUACUGGCCAGUUCAAAAUGGGAAACUAAACAAAUAUUCAAUGGUUUCCAAGCAAGCAGACAACGCCGCCGUUGUCGAAAAGUACUGGCUGAAUUCCGAGGGCACAUACAUUUAUGUCCAUGCAGAGUCUCCACUCUUCGUUGACUAUCACAAUGUUCUGGACAAUCACAUCUGCUUCAUUGCUGAAGUGACCGCCCCUUACUCAAAGAAAAGAGUACACAAUAAUCUCAAAUACGACGUUUGGUUCUUCAAUGACGCUAAAGAAGCACAGCAACAUGCAAUCGCCACUUAUUUAGGAAAACCUACGGGUAUUCCUGAUCGCAGAAUGAUUGAAGCCCCUGUCUGGUCAACCUGGGCUAGGUAUUCCCGUGAUAUUGAUCAAGAAAACGUUUUGGAGUACGCAAAAGAAAUUGCUCAGAGUGGAUUUGGGAAUGCGCAACUAGAUAUUGAUGACUUAUGGGAAGUAUGCUACGGCUCAUUAACCGUAGAUGAAAAGAAAUUCCCCGAUAUGAAAAAGCUGAUUCAAGACCUUAAAGACCUGGGAUUCAGAGUCACCAUAUGGACACAUCCAUUUAUUAAUAAGGGCUGCGAUCCCUGGUAUUCUGAAGCUUUGGAGAAAGGUUACUUCGUGCUCAACGAGGAAGGUAAUCCCGAUGGCUCCUGGUGGAAUGACAAUGGAACUGUGCCAGGUUAUAUUGACUUCACCAACCCAGCCGCCGGCCAGUGGUUUGCUGAUCGAUUACACACUCUCAUCGAUACCUAUGGCAUUGACAGCUUGAAAUUUGAUGCUGGAGAAUCUAGCUGGGGCCCGCAGAUCCCAGUACAAAAUGGCGAUAUCGACCUUCACCCUAGCAAUGUUGUGUCCGACUACUUGAGGCUUGUCUCUCAAUUUGGAAACAUGAUUGAAGUCCGGUCUGGAAUGAGGACUCAGGAUCUGCCGAUCUUUAUCCGCAUAGUGGACAAAGACUCUGUUUGGGGCUGGGACAAUGGCCUGUAUACUCUGAUCACUACUCUCCUGCAAUUGAACCUGAGUGGUUACACGUUAGUCUUGCCUGACAUGAUUGGCGGUAACGGUUACGAUGAAGUGAAGCCUAACAAGGAGCUGUUCAUAAGAUGGACCCAGGCCAAUGUAUUUAUGCCAUCUCUACAAUUUUCUUUUGUACCUUGGGACCACGAUGAUGAGGCAGUGGAGAUAUGUCUUCGCUACGUGAAAAUGCACGCAGCCUUCACCGACGAAAUAGUGGCUGCUAUGGAGGCCUCAGUCCGAGAUGGCACCCCUGUCAACCCGCCCAUCUGGUGGAUCGACCCAACUGACGAAGUGGCCCUUGCUAUCUGGGAUGAAUUCCUGCUCGGUGAAAGAAUCCUGGCGGCGCCUGUAGUAGAAGAAGGCGCUGUUUCCCGUAACAUCUACCUGCCCCGGGGUAACUGGCGCGAUGGCGUCACUGGUGAGCUUCACCAGGGACCCUUGUGGCUCAACGACUACCCAGCACCUCUCGACACAUUACCCUACUUUACUCUUGAGAACUGAAGACGUGAAGAAAUUGAUCUAUAAUCCUCGAGUUACUGUGAAGUAGAGUGUGUACAGCUAUUGUGAUAUAUUAAUAAUUUUACGUUAUUUAUUUUUAUGAAGUUAAUAAAUUGUUGAUUUAAUACUUA